GCCAGCCGCCGGAACUCUGCCUCUACUCUGCGAGACCGGAGCGGACCUGACCGACACCGGAGAUCGGAACCAGCGCUGCUGCCCAAAAAGAACCAGCUUGAAGGUGCCUGGCCGACUUUGCUGACAUCGCCUUCAACCAAAGAAAUCCAUCCUCGGUAGCCUCCACCUUACUGUGGCCUGCCUUGCGUGGGAUACUGGAGAGUGGGAGAGCAGGAGUGGAGAUUUAAUGCCACUUGGCAACAGUAAGAGGUGUGUGGCAUAGUCAGUCAUGGGGGAUUCAAUCUUCAACUGCUGUUAUGUCCCACCCAAUCCUCCAGGCGAGGGGGAACCCCCCAGGUCCAGACGCUCAGAGAUCAUGGCCUCCAAUUCAGCUCACAUCUCCUCUGACAAGCGCUUCCUCAUCUUCUUUGACUUUGAUGAGACCAUCGUGGAUGAAACCAGCGACGACAUGGUGGUGCAGGCCGCCCCGGGUCAACACCUCCCGGCUUGGCUGAAGGACACCUACCAGCCCGGUCGGUACAACGAGUACAUGCAGCGCGUGCUGUCCUACCUGGCAGAGCAGGGCGUCACCGAGAGCGACAUCCGCAACAUCAUGGAGAAGAUACCGGCCACCCCCGGCAUGGUCACCCUCUUCCAGUACCUGCGUACUCGUCCCCAGACGGACUUUGAGAUAGUGCUGCUCUCCGACGCCAACACCUUCUUCAUCGAGUCCUGGCUCCGGCGCGCCGGGGCCCGCCCACUCUUCCACCGGAUCUUCACCAACCCGGCCACCUUUAACAGGGAUGGCCGGCUUGUGUUGCGGCCAUUCCACUCCCACGACUGCCCGCGGUGCCCUGACAACAUGUGCAAGCAGGUGGUCGUCAGGGACUACGUGGCCCGCAGGACGCAAGAGAGGGGCCGUCCGUACCAGAGGGUCUUCUACGUGGGGGACGGAGCCAACGAUUUCUGCCCGGCGCUCUCCCUCGGACCCCGGGACGUGGCAUUCCCGCGGAGGGACUUCCCCAUGCACCGGCUGAUCACGGAGACCCAUGAAGCCAUGCCCGGGGAAUUCAAGGCGGUCACGGUGCCGUGGGUCAGCGGGGAAGAUGUGGUGCAGCGGCUGAGGAAGCUGGUGGCAGAGUAGAGGGUCAGGGGAGAAAGGAGACACUUAAUGGGCCAGUUGACACUUUUAGUCAUAUUCUCAGGUAAAAUAGUCAUAAACUAAUGUCCAGGGCAAUAAAACCAUUUGUACUGUCAGUGAAAAUAAAUUAAAUGGUGUCUAUCUGGCGUCCAGCCUGCACGUGCCUCCUCAGUCCAGCUUCUCACGUUUUUGUUAAAGAGAUGUCAGUCUCAAAACAAAGUCCCAGUUUGACAUUAAGCAGGUUUAUGAUUAUAGAGACUUGAGAAUGAAAUCCAAAGAGAGGAAAUGCAUGACAAAUCCAAUGCUUUGUUUGAAAAACAAAUUGAAGUAAGGACAUAGGCCUAACUUUAAAUUUGAGGGCAUUUGCAUAGGCCUACCUAAUAAAUUGCUUUCAAUGGGACAUGCUUUGCUUUUAAGUGUUAAACUGUGUCAGUGGAGAAAUCUGUGUGAGUACCUCAAUAAUAAUAGGCUAUUUAAAAAUUUUAUGGAGAACCAAGUGACUGGUUGCUCUUCAGUCACACUUAUAGUUAUGUUUUCUUACAAACUUCACUUUUUAAAUAUUAAAUUAUAGUCUCAAUAGAUUAAAUCAUAGUAACCCUGCUAUCUGAUGACAAUUUCUAUUUUCAUUGGAUUUUUAUCAACACGCUUCUCAACACUUGUCUAAUUUAGAAAUGGAUGACUAUGUUGUUUAAGGGUGUUGGUUUGAUUAACUUGUUCAGUCUAUCUGUUGUGUCUUGACUGUGUAGGCCAGGCCUACUGAAGAAAAUAUUAACACCAGCAGGAAUAAAGCCAUCAACUGAA